GCGCCGCCCGCAGGCCGCAGGCGCGGCUGAUGCCGGGCGUCGCCCGCCCCUUUUCGUUCGGUUCCCCCAAAGAAGGCAGGCGACCAGCGUGCCGCUGCGCCGCGCCUCCUCGCGUGUCCUUUUCCCAAAUAGGGCCUCCCGGUUCCCGGGCGCCCGCUCCCUCGCGUGGGCUGGGCGCGCCAGCUCCACUCCCGGCUCCGCCGCGGCGCCCAGACUCAGUGUAGCAUCCGUAUCCCCGGCCCCCUGCCCUGUCGCCCCGCCGCGGGAGCGGUGCCCGCCGUUCCGCUGUUCCUCCGCUGCCAUCGCUGCCGGCACCAUGGGCAGUGAGCAGAGCUCCGAGGCCGAGAGCCGACCCAACGAUCUGAACUCCUCAGUGACUCCUUCUCCAGCUAAGCAUAGAGCCAAGAUGGAUGAUAUUGUGGUUGUAGCUCAGGGCUCCCAGGCCUCCCGGAAUGUCAGCAACGAUCCCGACGUCAUCAAGCUGCAAGAGAUUCCAACCUUCCAGCCGCUUUUGAAAGGACUGUUGAGUGGCCAGACUUCCCCAACAAAUGCCAAAUUGGAGAAACUGGAUUCCCAGCAGGUGUUGCAACUCUGCCUCCGGUAUCAGGAUCACCUCCAUCAGUGUGCAGAGGCUGUCGCUUUUGAUCAGAAUGCUUUGGUUAAACGAAUCAAAGAGAUGGAUCUGUCUGUAGAAACUCUCUUUAGCUUCAUGCAAGAGCGCCAGAAGAGGUAUGCCAAAUAUGCAGAGCAGAUCCAGAAAGUCAAUGAAAUGUCUGCCAUCCUGCGCCGCAUCCAGAUGGGCAUCGACCAGACUGUGCCCCUGAUGGAGCGGCUCAACAGCCUGCUGCCCGAGGGCGAGAGACUGGAGCCCUUCAGCAUGAAACCGGAGCGCGAGCUCAGGCCGUAGCGCCGCCGUGCCAUGGGGACAGAGCCUGGCUCCACCCAAAUGCCAAGGACACUGGGAACCGAAGCCACAGGCUCGGUGACCAGGGCUGGCAGCUGGCCGGGGGUCUGGUGCGCCCUGAAGGUGACCCGACGCGGUGCAGCUGGCCUGAACUGAGGCUGCGCCCCACUCUCCUCCAUGCCUUUCCUAUGCGAAGAACCAAACUAAUUCUCAGAGACAACCGAGGCGGGAGCUCUCGAUUUAUUAGGAAUUCGUGACAGAAGUUCUGCAUUGGAAUUAUUUUUAUUUUGUGAAGAUUUUUUUUUUAAUUGAGAAUAUGUAUUGUCUAGGCUAGCUUGUGGAGUGAAAAAAGGGAAAGAAGGGGAGAAACAUUUUAAGAAGCUCUGUGUCCUUCAUGAAAUUUAAUGCGCUAAGCUCUCCAGGUUAUGAGUUGUGAACAUAAAGGACUGAUUUAACCAGG